CCUGACGUGGGGUCUUCUCGGCCUUCUACUCCAUAUCCAGGUAGCAUAUCACCUCACGACAGACGCGUCUCAGAGUGUUCAUUCCCCUUCUGGUCACUUCUUGAACUUUCUCUCCUUGUCUUACUUCCUUCUCCUCUUUUUAAUUGAUACAGCCCGUUGAUCAUUGAAUGGCCCACCCGGCAAACGGGCCAGGCGCUUGUUCGCUCGGCUCAGGCUCCGCGAACCAUGGCCGCGCAUCCAUCAGAACCAGGGCUGGUCCACUCACCCUCAUACGUCAUAUCGCGAGUUUAUCCUCGAUUCUACUCUUGCGGGUUCUCGUCCGCCAAUCAUCGUUCUCAAUCGCCUAUAAUGUAGAUGUCCCACCCAACGCCGAGCAAUGUCCAUAUCCCGGUCUGUCCAAUCGCCAGAGGCGUUAUCAGAGGGGCAUGCAAAUUCUAUCCUUCUUAUAAAAGCGCAGUGGGCCGCGACGGGGCAUGGAAGGGGCUAAGGAAGAAAGGUCCAAAGAUAAGAUGUUAUCCUUAAAUCAAGCACCGUUGCCAUUCCAUCCGGCAGUCGAAUCUCCCGCGACUACAACGCACCAAACUCCUUCAACGCCGGUUGGACACAGAAUGUCUCUCUUUCAAGGAACCGUUAUUCUGGGAACUGCCUUUGAGGUCACCCAACGCUAUACGGAUUUGGUUCCCAUCGGGACCGGGGUGUCAGGAUUAGUCUGUUCCGCUAACGACCUGAUCACCAAAAAUGUGGUCGCCGUCAAGAAGCUGUCAGAUCCGUUCCGGACCGCUGCCAUUACGAAAUUGCUGUUCCGCGAGAUCCGGUUACUCCGACAUUUGAAGCACGAGAAUGUGGUGAAUUUGACAGACAUCUUUGUCUCUCCGUCAGAGGAUAUAUACCUGGUGACGGAACACAUGCGAACCGACCUCUCCGUCCUCCUCAGCCAAGGCCCCAUCGAGGAGAAAUUCGCCCAGUUCUUCUUCUACCAGAUACUGCGCGGUCUAAAAUACAUCCACUCCGCCGGAGUUGUCCACCGCGACCUCAAACCGAGCAAUCUCCUCAUCAACGAGAAUUGCGACUUGAAGAUCUGCGACUUCGGUCUGGCGCGCGUCCAGGAACUGCGCAUGACCGGGUACAUCUCUACCCGCUACUACCGCGCCCCCGAGGUCAUGCUCUCAUGGCAGCACUACAACGAGAAGGUCGAUAUCUGGAGUGCGGGGUGUAUCUUUGCGGAGAUGCUUCUCGGCAAGCCGCUCUUCCCCGGAAAUGAUCAUGUUCAUCAAUUUAAAUUGAUUACGGAGACGUUGGGGAAGCCUCCGAGUGAGGUUCUGGGGAAGAUUAAGAAUCUCAACACGCUGGGAUUUAUCAACAGUCUCCCAGACUACAAACCCCAAUCGAUAGCCGAUCUGUUUCCCAGCUGUGAUCCGAACGCAAUCAAGCUCCUCAAUCAAAUCUUCGUCUUCGACCCCCAAACACGUCCCACCGCCAAGGACAUCCUCGAAUCACCCUUCCUCGCACCUUACCACGACCCAACCGACGAGCCCACAGCAGAAGAAAAACUCGAUUGGUCUUUCUUGAAAGAAGAGCACACCCUCGACACAUGGAAGCUGAAAAUGUACGCCGAAGUCCUUGGCUACCACGAACGAGCCACGCCUUCACAAGGGGCCAACAUACUCAACGAGGCCGACCUGUUGGAACCCGCGAGUCAUAUGGCACAAUUUGACAUGAUGGACACCUUAUAGACGGGGAGCAUCCGCUGCAUUCAUGCCUGGGCACAUUUCGGUCUGUAACGGCAACGUGCACUAUUGAGGCAUUACUACGAACAUAACGAAAGCGGAGUGAGGUAGGCGCAUUUUCAUGAUACAUAGAAUUACAUCCAUUUUUUUGAUUGUCUGCAAUGUUUGCGUUUAGCAAUUGUCGCGUUGCAGGGUGCGCCGUCUGAGCAAUGCUUUUUAUCCUAUCUCUAAACAUCAAAAAAUUUAUAUAUGUCGCAACAUCAGAUAUAUAAAGAUUACUUACAGACUGCAGAAAAUGUCGCGAUAUCUUUUGUAGCCGAGUGGUAUAUUUUGCAACAAUAUAUUAUUGUUCAACGGGUAGUUGCUGUUUUUGGGAGGUAGUACGCCUCAUCUGUCUCGCACUUUGUGUCUCCUACUAUAAC